AUGUCGCCGACACCUAGAGUUCAUUCCCUGGAAGGAUUCAGUAUGAUUGCUCCUGGGAUAUAUCUUCGGGAUAGCCGUGAACAAGGCCAGGGCUCGGACACAUCGCCAAAUGUCAUUUUGAUAUUCGCAUGGAUGGGUGCACAGCUUAGGUAUUUGCGGAAUUAUACCAACACAUAUACCAAGUUAUAUCCAAACGCGUCUCAAAUCGUUGUUCGGUCCAACCCCGACACGUUCUGGAGUAAAAUUAGUACUAUACAACGACGUCUCGUGCCUGUUAUUGAAGCCUUGGAGGCACUGCAUUGCUUGCCAUCUUCUAAAUCUUCCUCUGCACAAAAGCGUCCCCGAAUACUAACACACGUAUUUUCCAAUGGAGGUUCCCUGCAACUGACAUGUCUUGGCCACAUGCUGCAGCAGAAAUAUGGUUCUGUAUUCGCCCAACGGUCAUUGACGAGCGCAUUGAUCCUUGACUCAUGCCCAACAAUUGUUGACUUGAAUACAGUCAAAAUCGUGUUCAGCGCCAUGGUCCAGAACCCGAUUAUCAGACCCAUCAUACUCACCUUCAUAUCCACGGUGUACUUUAUCCGCCAUUGCCUAUCUCUGCUGUUUGGUAAGCGAAUGACGUUGGUUUCAAACAUCCACAUCGACAUGCGAAAUCCCCGCGUUCUGCCAUGGAUGGGCCUCCACACUCCGCGUCUCUACCUUUUCUCGCGCAAGGAUAAAUCGAGUCCGUGGCAAGAAGUCAUGCACCAUGCCAAGACAGCAAAGGAGCUCGGAAUGGAUGUUCGGUGCGAGCUAUUUGAAGAGAGCGACCAUGUGUCACACAUGCGGAUUGAACCAGAGAGGUAUUGGUCUUCGGUACAAGAGGUUUGGGCGGUCGCAAUAUCCAAGGAGAAACGCGAACAGAUAAUAUCGCAAACUCCGCCAGAUCAGCAGUAUUAUCGCAGCUUCCUUUAGCAGUUUUUGGCUUAGUUGCG